AUGCGAGCCUGCUUCCGACCCGACGACAUGAAGACAACGUAUACCGGCGCAACUCAGAUUGGUGGAAUCUCUCGUCUCCCGAGGGGAGUACCUAAGCCUAUCGACAAGGCCUUCGGGUUACAGAUGUCCUCUGGCGAAGGUGUCUGUUGUAUUUACAACCCAUUUAACUCCGACACGGUUGCAUGGGCACUUAGCACAAUGUGUCCCGAAAGAAAUGCCAAAAGCAAUCUUGGUGCAGAAAAAACCGAGGCCCUAAAGGCAGAGGCAUUGAAGACAGCUCACAUGUUCCAAGAACCCUUCAAAACAGUCGUAGAGGCCACAAGUCCGGCCACUGCCUUCAUUCGGCCCACGAAGGAGAAGUUUGCUUUUCAGCACGAUGACCGUCUGAAGGGUGUCAUCUUCAUCGGGGAUGCCAAUCACAUUUUCAGUCCCUUUGAACUCGUUGGUGCAAAUCCCGCGCUGAAGGACGGAUAG